CAAUCUACAAAGGGACCUACAGAGUGCACCCUCAUUGUAAAAGAGAUGCUGCCCUGUAAGAUGUCUAAAGCUGGAGACUCAUAGUGUCACUACGUCAUAUGGUCUCCUCUGCUCUGGUUGAAUAUGUAGCAUAUUGUGGUGUUCAUGCACUUAUUUAGAUCAAUGUGAUGUUUUAUGUUUCAGUGUCUGAUGGCCAGGCUCUCAUUGCUGAACCAGUGACCAGAGAGGACUUCUUACAGUAUUCCUGUCACUUCACUCUGGAUCCAAACACAGCACACAAAUACCUCCAUCUGUCUGAGGGGAACAGGAGGGUGGAGAGGAGAGAUGGGGCCCAGUCAUAUCCUGAUCAUCCAGACAGAUUUGAUGUGCAUGCUCAGGUGCUGUGUAGAGAGGGUGUGUCUGCACGCUGCUACUGGGAGGUUGAGUGGAGUGGUGUAGGGGUUGGUAUAGCAGUGUCAUAUAAUAGCAUCAGCAGGAAAGGAUUGGGUAAUGAGUGUGGAUUUGGAUAUAAUGAUCAGUCCUGGAGGCUGCUCCUCUACCCCUCCAGCUCCUCUUUCCAUCACAAUAAUAAACAGACUAAACUCCCUCUAGUGGCCAGCUCCAGAAUAGGAGUGUAUGUGGAUCACAGGGCAGGAACUCUGGCCUUCUACAGCAUCUCUGGAGACACAAUGACCCUCCUGCACAGAGUCAACACCACAUUCACACACACACUCUACCCUGGGUUUUAUUUACAUAAUUAUGGAUCAUCAGUGAAGCUGUUGUAAGUCCCCACAUCCCUUACAGAUAAAUGCUGCUCCUGUGGCCGUGACGGCGUGAACACACCAGAAGAGACCAAAGCUACCGGUAUAUAGAGCAGCGUUAACUUCAUCAACCAUGACUAUGACUUAACUAUGGAAGAGACCAAAUCUACAUAGAGCAGCGUUAAUUUUGUCAACCAUGACUAUGACUAAACUAUGGAAGAGACCAAAGCUAUAUAGAGCAGUGUUAAUUUUGUCAACCAUGACUAUGACUUAACUAUGGAAGAGACCAAAGCUACAUAGAGCAGUGUUAAUGUCGUCAACCAUGACUAUGACUAAACUAUGGAAGAGACCAAAGCUAUAUAGAGCAGCGUUAAUUUCAUCAACCAUGACUAUGACUAAACUAUGGAAGAGACCAAAGCUAUAUAGAGCAGCGUUAAUUUCAUCAACCAUGACUAUGACUAAACUAUGGAAGAG